GCUUUUUCCUGAAUUCCUUUAUAUACCUUCCCUUACUUCUACCUUAAUUUCGUUCCAAAUCAUUCCUAAACAAAUACACACUCAUCUAAUAUCCAACACCCACAAAAUUUACAUCAAAAAAAGGAAAAAUCUCACCAUUUUUUCAAUCUAUUUCACAUCAUGCAUAUUAUAAAACCUAUGAGUACAAAAAACAUGGAAAUAACCCAAAAAAAUACCCAAAAAAUAGCAAAAAAAGUGAGGAGUAUUCUUAGAAUAAUGUUUAUCAUGUUAAAGAAAGGCAUAACAAAGAGCAAAUUAAUCUUAGAUCUCAAUUUACUCUUCAAAAGAGGUAAUGAGUUAGCAGGUAAAGCAAUUAAUGGCCUUCUAAUCCAUCACAACUCCCUCAUUUGUAAACCCAACAACCUUAACAACCACUUUAUAUCCCCACAAGAUCACUACGAAUUUAGUUGUAGUAACAGCCCCGAAUUCGGCGGCCCCGCCUUUCAGCUCUUAACGGCUCAAAAUAAGAAAACUAAGUCCAACUACGGCCGCAAAUUUGAGGAUCCUACUACACUUGCUGCAGUUCAACAUGUUUUACAGAUGUUGAACUCUAAUGAUGGGCCUACUGGUUCUCCAUUGGGUAUGGGCUUGCCCGAUUCGUUGUUACCCGGUUCCGGGUAUGGGAAGAGUCCGGUAGUUAGACAGUUACGCAUAACUGAUUCUCCUUUUCCGUUGAAAGAUGGGAAAAGGGAUAAGGAAGAAGAGGAAGAAGAUGUUAAGGUGAAUAAGGCGGCUGAUGAGUUUAUUAAAAAGUUUUAUAAGAAUUUGAUGAUGCAAAAGUCUUUGGAAUCUCCCUAUCAUUUUUCUUCUUAAUAAUUUUGUUAUUGUAAUGUUUUUCUAUGGUUUAUAUAUGAAGGUUAAAUUUUUUUCCAAGUGAUUCCUGUAAAGGUAAAAAUGGAAGGAACACUAAUUAUAAUAAUGCAAGAGUCUUAAGAUUAUAUGAAUUAAUCAAUAUUUCAAAAUACAAUGUUGUAGUAAAUUACUCCUAUAUUUUUGAGUUAAUCUUUAAUUUCGACAAAUUUUUA